AGCAGGAUUAGCAGCUCGGGGACUUUAAAAGCAGACGCUCAGACCGGGAGAGGAGAAACGAACAAGCUCAUCACACAGCUUCUAAAAAACACUGAACAAGUGACCAAAUAAAAAUGGCAGACGUCGCAACUCCCGCUGAGAAGAAGGCCCCUCCCAAAUUCAAGCAGAGGGCCGCUCGUACCUUCAAGAGCAAGGCACCUAAACCAGGCCAGAAGGGUUUUGGAGAUGACAUUCCAGGCAUGGAGGGCCUUGGCACAGACUUCACAGUGGUCUGCCCAUGGGAAGCCUUCGGCGACAUGGAGCUCAGCGACUUGGCGAAAUAUGGAAUUGUUUAGCCCUCCUUCCU